AUAUAAUACUGUGGCUCUCCAUCGUCGCUCGGGCACAUACACUACUAAAACACCGGCAGUUGUCGCAUCACACUGCCAAAAUGUCAGGCAAUAGAGAACUGGAGGAUCUUGCAAAGUCCUCCACGGAUGACUUCUACAAGCUACUAAACGUAGCCUUUGACGCAGAAGCAGACGCCAUCCAGAAAGCGUACCGUAAAGCAUCUAUCAAAUACCAUCCAGAUAAAAACCCCGACGACAAGAAUGCUGCUGAUCGCUUCAUUCUCCUGGGAUGGGCACGCGAUAUUCUGAUUGACGAAAAACUUAAAGGCGAAUAUGAUCGCGCAAGAGCGAGGCGGCGCGAGAAGGUGCUGCAGGACGAGAUGCUGGAUGGUCGGCGACGCAAGCUGAAGGAAGAUCUUGAGAGAAGGGAGAAAGAGUAUCAAGAUCAGAAGUCUGGUAUCAAGAGAAAGGUUCCUGAGGACAUGACCGAGACUGAACGGAAGCUUCAUGAAAUACAAAAAGGUGGCAGGAAGCGUUACCACGAAAUCAAUGAGCGCCUAGAAAAAGAAGCCCAAGAAGAGCGAGAGGCCUAUCUCGAGGCCAUGAGGAAGAGGUCAGAGCCGCAGGGAACCCAGCGGAGCGAAUCUUCCGAAAUGACUCGCGCUGUCAAAUUUGAGUUUCCGCGGGAAAGCGAUGGAGAGCACUGGGACCAGGAUACGCUUGCAACCAUGUUCUCAAAGUACGGCGAGGUGGAUAUGGUUGUCCUGCUCAAGGACAAAAAGACCCGACAUGCUGGAGAAAAGCAUCGUACAGCUUCAGGCAUGAUAGUUUUCACACAUAUCGAUCACGCCUGCGCAGCUGUCAUGAACGCCAGAUCCGAUUACCCUUCCCUCAGCUCUGUGAGCUGGGCAACCGGCGAACCCGAGUCCGUCGACAAGGCGUCCGCCAAGGCGUCCGCCAAGGCGUCCGCAAAAGAUCCCUUGGACGAAUCAGAGCGUCUGGAAGUGUUGGCCAACAUGCGGUCGGACGAGUCAAAUAGUACGUGGACUGGUGAGUGGGUGGCUGCUGGAAAUUGGCAAGGCAAACCGAUCAUGAUACCCAAGCCUUCGUCCUUUCCAAAAAAGCAGAAGCAGAAGCUUCAUGCGGAUAGAAUGGACGUAAAUUGAGAGAACUUUGGACAAAAGGAAUGUAUUGAGAUAGAUGAUGGACCGACCAACCUGCUGAUCGAGAUUAAUGGACCGAAUCAGUAUGUACUUCCAAACCAAGCCUAACUCCAUUCGGUGAUCCAUCGCAGAGAGCCAUAUGCAUGAGUAACUACAGUAGAUUCGAGCACCGCCGACCAAUGACGUACGUAUAGGAUAUGAUUCGGAUAUUACCUGAGCAUAGUAAAAGACGAUUUAACUAGUUACGAAGGUUCCAAAGCAUGUUCGAAAUAGGCAGCCGUGUCGCAUUGCAUGGGCGUCGCAACCUGACUCGAGAGUGCUGCUGGUCUACUGCUUGGUCUGAACCAUUUCUGAACGUAGAGUUUCUAGGUUUGGUAACACUAGAAGCAAAUUUUCAAUUCCGAA